CUACACCUGCUCAAAUUGACGCUCGGGAUAGGAUCGGACGGAGCUAGAUCCUGUGCUGCGCUUUUAACGGUGCGUGAUAGGAAAGAAAUAAGCAAAGUGAACAGCAAAACCGAUCAAAAUGAAGUGUUUCCUGCUCGUUACGCUUCUCACCCUGUCGCUGGCAAAUGCGCACCUGUUCAAGAAAAAGCUCGUCUUAACGUCCGAAUCUGACGGAGGGCAUGGCGGCGGCGGUGGAGGCAGCUUUUCAUUGGGUGGCGGAAGCUUUGGCCUUUCCUUCGGUGGUGGACUAGGAGGUGGUGGUGGUGGAGGUGGCAGUCACGGAGGCUCUACUGGAGGAGGCUAUGGUGGCGCAUCUGGUGGACCUGGUUACUCCAGUGGAGGAUACGGAGGAGGUGCGCCAAGUCAUUCCGGCGGUUCCGGUGGUGCCGGCAGCGGUGCAUUUGCAAACGCUAGUGCUAGUGCAAGUGCCAAUGCCGGUGGUGUUUCUGGAGGACAUUCGGGACAGGGUGAUUAUUCCGGUUACGGAUCGGCUCCAGCGGGAUCUGCUGGACAUGGACAUCAUGGUGGCUAUGGUGGAAAUGGUGGUUAUAGUGGUGGUGGUAGCGGUGGAUCUGUUGGUGGACAUUCAGUGCAUACUCCUUCGGAUCAUCUUACUCCUCCGGCCCAGUCCAGCAGUAACGGUGGCUACCAAGGAUCGGGUGGCGCUUCUCACGGCUACUCCAACAGUUUCGCCAAUGCCGGAGCAGCUGCAGGAGCACACGCUGGAGCUCCGCAAGGAUCUGCUGGCGGAUCUUAUCAUGGUGGAUCACAACCGGUAGGAGCACCAUCCGGUGGACACGGUGGCCAUGGUGGCCACGGAGGAGGCCAUGGUUUCACGAAACAAAUCACCAUCACCAAGCAUGUCGAUCAAAGUCCUCCACCGCGCCCGAUUGUGAUUGAAAAGCCCGUACCUGUGCCGGUUGAUCGUCCCUAUCCGGUGUACAUCGAAAAGGAGGUACCGGUGACUGUGGUGAAAGAGGUCCCAGUGCACUCCGGUGGUGGUGGUGGUAGUGGUGGUUAUGGAGGCGGUGCCGGACACUCCAGUGCAAGUGCUAGUGCAAGUGCGCACGCUAGUGCAAGUGCAGGAAGCUUCGGCGGUGGUUACGGUGGCUCCAACGGUGGUGGCUAUGGUGGUGGUGGAGGUGGUAGCGGAAAUGUUGGCGGAGGUUACGGUGGUGGACAUGGAGCAGGAGGUAGUGGCGGUUAUAGCAGUGGGGGUCAUGGUGGAGGCCACGGUGGCGCAUCGUUUACCAAGACGAUUACGCUGGAGAAAACCUUCAACAAACACAAACACCAUCUACAUCAUCAUGGAUGGUAGGCUGAGGAGUGAUAGAGUUGGUUACGUUUGAAAAAGGGUGGAAAUUUAUGAUGACAUGUUGAAAAUUUUCACCCUCAUUCGAUUGCCGAGCGAAAAGCUUUACUGAUGUAUUAAACCUAUUUCUAACGAGUGUGAAGAUCAUUCGAAAAAUAAAAAAGACGCUAAUAGAUUAGA